AGCGCGGCGAUGGCGUCGUCACUCGAGGCGCUGCAGCCGGCGAUCGAGAGCCUCUACAAAGUGCGGGACACAUUCUUUCCUCUCGACGCCGCCGAGAAGAGGGAUCGCCUGGAGCGAUCCGCAAAGGAGCUGAUCGCGGCCCUCGAUGACAUCUCUCUAGAAUGCAAGAAGCUGCCCCCUCGCCGCGCGCUCUGGGAGUAUUUCAAGGGGAAAGUUUUGGAUGUUAUGCCGGAGUAUUGCAAAGAGGCCGAAGAUCACCUCUCCAAAGCGGUGAAGCUGGAUCCUUCUAUUGUGGAUGCUUGGUCCUGCCUGGGGAAUUGCUUCUGGAAGAAGGGAGACUUUUCUUCAGCAAAAAACUGUUUCAGCCUGGGACUUCAAAAGGGACCAAAUAAGAAGAUCUUACAGCAACUGUCUAUGCUGGAGCGGCGACUUGGAAAAGGAACCGCAAACGAAUCCGAGAUGGUUGAAGAAAGCAUCAAGCACGCCAAGGAAGCAGUGUGUUUGGAUGUCAAAGAUGGACACUCCUGGUACACGCUAGGGAACGCCUUUUUGACGAGCUUUUUUGUGACCGGAGCAUGGGACCGACAAAAGCUCCACCAAUCUCUCAAGGCCUAUCAAAAUGCGGAGAAAGACGUGCUGGCUAAUGGUAAUCCUGAUCUGUAUUUCAACAGCGCAAUAGUGCAUCAGUACCUAGAAGAUUAUGAGAGAGCGCUGAGAGCAUACGACGCAGCUAGUACUCGGGACCCUGGGCUCCCUGCGAAGGACGAAAUUGAUAAAAUUGUCAAGCUUUUGUCUAAGCUGGAAGAUGCUGUUGCAAAUAAGGGUUGGAUCAAACCGAAGAAGCUUUCAUCACUGAUUUCUUCCUUGGCCACUGAAAGUGGGCAGUUCUCGUUCAAACGAGUGCCUAUAACGUUACUGCAAGAAGGAUUUAACAAAGGGAGCGUCGUCUACUGCAAAGUUUUGUCAGUCAUCUCGCACGAUAAGUCUGUGCCUCUCUUUUACCUGGCUGCCGAUUCAGAGGGAACGUGUUUCGUGGUUUCGGUGUACGCGAUUCGGGAGGGCAUGAUGAAAGAGGGCAACUCUUUGAGUUUGCUGGAACCAUUGCUUCACAGCGUACGUGCUCAACGGGGGAACAAGGUUUACUCGUUUAAAACCGUGAGGAUCGAUCACUCUCAGCAGCUGCGCGUAAACGGUCGCACGAUAGCACCCCAAGAUGCGGCAUGCUCGAUUAUCCACGCAGAGCACGUCCCGCCCUAGCGAGCACUGUGUGGCUCUUACGGAGUUUUAAUAUACACAGCCAUGGACUAAACUUUUAGUCAGCGGUCAAAUGUUAGUCAACUUUUGGAACGCUAAUUCAGUAAGAAUGGCUGCCGAGUCAUGUUAUCCCUC